UGGCUGGGAGGGGAAUGGGGGUGGUGAAUAUAGAAAUUGGAGGGGACACUGGUGUACGGACUGUGUGCAAGGAGUUGGUGUCGAUGGAGGAGCAGGACGCCAGGGUCCCAACCCUGGAACCAUUCAGGGUGGAGCAGGCACCACCUGUAAUCUACUAUGUCCCUGAUUUCAUUUCCAAGGAAGAGGAGGAGUAUUUGCUUCGACAGGUUUUUAAUGCCCCAAAGCCAAAGUGGACCCAGCUCUCCGGGAGGAAGUUACAGAACUGGGGUGGGCUCCCCCAUCCUCGGGGGAUGGUUCCUGAGCGGCUGCCCCCAUGGCUCCAGCGCUACGUGGACAAAGUGUCUGACCUCAGACUUUUUGGGGGUCUCCCGGCUAACCAUGUCCUCGUGAACCAGUAUCUGCCAGGGGAGGGCAUCAUGCCCCAUGAGGAUGGACCACUGUACUACCCGACUGUCAGCACCAUCAGCCUGGGCUCCCACGCCAUGCUGGACCUCUACGAGCCGCGGCAGCCAGAGGAUGAUGACCCUGUGGAACAGCCCCGGCCCCCGCCCCGGCCCGUCGCCUCGCUGCUGCUGGAACCGCGCAGCCUGCUGGUGCUGCGUGGCACCGCCUACACGCGCCUCCUCCACGGCAUCGCCGCCGCCCGGGCAGACGAGCUCGACGCCGCCUCCCUGCCGCCCAAUGCGGCCGCCUGCCCGUCGGCGCGGCCCGGGGCCCGCCUGGUCCGCGACACCCGCGUCUCGCUGACCAUCCGCCGCGUGCCCCGCGUGCUGCGCGCCGGCCUCUUGCUCAGCAAGUGAUCGCCAGGCUGGGGACAGUUCGGAUCCCGGCUUCCUGCCCACCCUGGGGCUGUCAGUGAUUCUGUGACCUUGGAACCCUGGAGCGGAGGCGGCUCCCCUGGGUUAUUUAUUUUCCCAACAACUUUGCUGGAACCACAGGAAAAAAACCCAUUCCCAAUAAACCAAACAUAUCUUU